UCCCCGCCGGGCAAGGAAAGCGGCCCCGCGCCCGCGGCUCUGGCCGCGCUCCCCCUGCCCAGCCCCGGCCAUGAAUAUGUAACUCCCCUCUAUUUCCCGAGCUCCAUUGCGGAGCUGCCGCUCGCCAUAUUGUGCUGCCGGCGCUGCGGCUUCUCUGCCGGUGGGAGCAAACGGCGGCAGCGUUCUGUAGGGCAGAAAUGAGGUGGUGUGCCUGCUAGCUGCUCCCUGCAGGCUGAAAGCUUUGGAUUUUUCUGUUGGACUGCCUAAAAAGCCAUGUCUCAAGCUGUGCAGACCAAUGGGACGCAGCCUUUAAGCAAGACCUGGGAGCUCAGCUUGUACGAGUUGCAAAGAACACCUCAGGAAGCGAUCACUGAUGGCUUGGAAAUCGUUGUGUCACCCAGGAGCCUGCACAGCGAACUCAUGUGUCCCAUUUGUUUGGAUAUGUUAAAAAAUACCAUGACGACAAAAGAGUGUUUGCAUCGUUUCUGUGCUGACUGCAUCAUUACAGCCCUCAGGAGCGGCAACAAAGAAUGUCCCACAUGUCGUAAAAAGCUGGUGUCAAAAAGAUCGCUGCGACCUGAUCCCAAUUUUGAUGCUCUCAUCAGUAAAAUUUAUCCAAGCCGUGAUGAAUAUGAAGCGCAUCAGGAGAGAGUGCUAGCAAGAAUCAGUAAACACAAUAACCAGCAAGCUUUAAGUCACAGCAUUGAAGAGGGACUAAAGAUUCAGGCUAUGAACAGGUUACAGAGGGGCAAGAAACAGCAAAUUGAGAAUGGCAGUGGAGCAGAAGAUAAUGGUGACAGUUCACACUGUAGCAAUGCCUCAACACACAGCAAUCAGGAAGCAGGGCCUAGCAACAAGAGGACCAAAACAUCAGAUGAUUCUGGGCUAGAACUGGACAAUAACAACACAGCUGUGGCCAUAGACCCUGUGCUGGAUGGUGCCAGUGAAAUAGAAUUAGUCUUCAGGCCUCAUCCUACCCUCAUGGAGAAUGACGACAGUGCACAGACAAGAUACAUCAAGACCUCAGGCAAUGCCACUGUUGAUCACUUGUCCAAGUACCUGGCUGUGAGACUGGCUCUGGAAGAGCUUCGGAGCAAAGGAGAAUCAAACCAGAUGAAUCUUGACACGGCCAGUGAGAAGCAGUAUACUAUUUACAUAGCUACUGCCAAUGGGCAGUUCACUGUAUUAAAUGGGUCGUUCUCCUUGGAGCUGGUCAGUGAGAAGUACUGGAAAGUGAACAAACCCAUGGAACUGUACUAUGCACCAACGAAGGAACAUAAAUAAGCUGUACUGGAAAACUGAGAUGGGACUAACUCUCUUUUUAUAGCUAUGACUUCUUUAAUAUUAAAAGAAAGCACCGUCAUUAUCUUUAUGGACAAUACAUUUGUGAUGCCUUCAGGCUCUCUCAGUGUACUUAUUAAUAUGAUUAGACAGUAUUCUUGAUUGUAUUUAAUUUAGACUUUUUUUGGCUGUUUUUCUCUAGUGCUUGACAUGCUUUUGUUCCCAGUGUGUGAUAACUGAACGAGUGUUCCAGUUUGGAAUGUCUUAAUUUUAUCCAGGUAAAUCUGGAUUUCUAACACAUUUGACACAGUUAUAGUAGCCUCUGUGAAGUACUGAGCAUUGGAUGGCUAAGUCAGUCUAUUCAAUAGUAAUGUAUGCCAAGGAAUGUGUUAAAUGUUGUAAUUUGCUAAUGGUUAUCCAUAUAAAAGAUGGUAGAAAAUUGAUUUCUGAUAGUCUUGCAACUAAAGGAGAUCUCAUUCCCUAGGAAAGAUGAAUUAUUCAGUUGUUUUGUUUUUUUUUUUUAACAAAUACAGCUAUAGUGAGAAAAAGGACACUUUAAGAACCUUGCUACUUACUGAGCGUCAGUGCAAGGUGAUUCCUGAGGUUGGUUUGCUUUUUAACAAAACAAAACCAAACAAACCCCAAACCCCUUUCCUGUGUAGAAAUUCCAAGCUUGUUUCACACUGCAGUUUCCCAUUUGACUCCUGUUGCAGUGGUAAUCCUGUCCUCACAAACUUAGUCAAAAUCUUAUGGAAGUUUUACAGCCCUACUCUGUUCAAUAUAAUAACAGGUUUUCAUUGAGAAUGCAUCAGAACUUGCUGUAAAGAAUCUUCUUAAAUGUCUUUUGAAAGCAAAUCCCUUCAAUUCCAGCACACUGACAUAAUGCAAAGUGAAAUAUUUUGCUUUACAGAAUUCUUGCCACCCAGCUGUGAGCUUAUCUCAGCUUCCGUUUGAGUAGGGAGGACUUCAACCAUGAGCUGCUCUAAGAUUACUUUUGUUUUUUUUGGCAUAGCUUUAACAAAUGUGGCAUAGCACUUUGGAAGAAAAUUUUAGUACUUGACAAAGUUUACCAUUUAGUGUCUUAAAUUUAGGUUCAAGUUUUAAAACUUGGCAGUAGGUUGUUGUGUGAAGGCCAGUAGCUGCUGUUCAUGUGCAUGUUAAACUUCUCUUCCCUGGCACUGGACGUUGUGGUCAUGUCAGUGAGGGUUGCUUUGCCUUUAGCAUUCUGUCUGACUGGAAAUGUGUUAUGGGAGAUUGACUGUACUGUAAGACUUCCUGAGGAAGCCUCCACACAUUUGCACCUGAAGCUUGAAGCAAAAAAGUUGAUCUAAUACAUGAGAACCAACAUCCUCAACCAUGUCUGGCAUGGUUGCUGUGCUCUUGGCUGCAGUCAGAAUGAAGAUGUGGAGUGUGGUACCUUAGCAUUCAGCUGCUUGGGGACUCUCCUGGGAGGGAAAGCCCCUUUUAUUGCUUCAGUCUUUCAAGACUCACACUUGAAAAUAUGUGUCUGUUCUGACUGCUGCUUCAGAUCAGCUUUAUCCCUACGUGGAAACUACACAAGUCUUCUCUGAGUAAUUACUGCCUCUUGUAAGGGCAUGUUUCUUCAUGACUGUAGAAUGGAAGUAUUCGGGCCCCAGAAGGCUGGGGGAUAAACUUAAUUAACUAACUAAAUCAUUACCUUCUGUUGAAGUGUUGGAUCGUACAGAGAAUUAGUGCAUGUCUGCUGAAUAGAAACCAGAGGGGAUGGGUGUGUUGUCAUUCAAGCUGCUUUCAAAUUUUCGGAGAAAGUUCUAGAUGAGUUGCAGCACACCUUCCCAGGGCGACAGCAAAGGCAACAUCCAGUCCCUUGAGCAGGAGAGCUGUCAGUGAAGCUCAGCAGCCUGUUUAGGAACAAUCUGUCGCUUCUGCCCAGUUCUUUAGAUUGUGUGGGAGAACGUGAAGCUUUUAUGUUCCUGUUCAUGUUGUAGUGACUGUACGGAGUAUUUAUGUUGUCUAAAUAUUCUGUAUGAUGUCGUUGUUUGAUUAAACCCUUGAUUGCACUGUGACUCACUAGUGGUACCAACUAUUUUAUUUUCAACAUGACUUUGCUGCUCUGCCUUGUUAAGCCAUGUUGUUUUUUCGUGUUGCUUUUUUUCUUCUUUUAUUCCAAGUACAUGACAUGUGGUAGGUAAACUUUAGUAUCCAAGCACGGUCGUGAUGAAAUUCCUCUUACAAAUUAACAGCAAAAGCAAAAAUGUUGCAAAAGAGCUACUGGAAAUUCCAGUACUGGUUCCACAUCUGAAAAAUGCCGCAUGUCAGCCAGGCCAGAGAAACAGCAUGGAAAGAGGGAUGCGAUAUCUCCAGCAGUGCUGGAGGCAGUGCAUAAUGUUAGCCUGAACAGCAACCACAAAAUCCAGGUAGCAUCAACUGCACACAAUCCACGAGGCAAAAAGUGGCACGCAAUGCACCAUCACCAAAUGCCAGCUCACCGGUAGCAACGACCUGGAAAGAAGGAGAAGAAGAAAUAGCAGAUGGACUGGCUGGCCAACUUCAGCAAUACAAAGAAAGUCUCUCUUCCUCCCGAUCAACUGGCAUUUCAGCUGAGGAGGAGCUUUCCCAAGAGGUCCAGCAAUUCCGUGGGAAUAUACCUUCCUCUCCACCUGCAUGGACACGACUCUCUCCCACGCAGUCUACAGUAGGUACACACACACCACAUGCCACCCUGAGGUUCUGCUUGCGUGGCAGUGGGGACGCAAUGAAGCAGUGGGACAGAAAAGCCACCUUGACCCUAGUGGCACAGUAAGAAAUUACAAGGGAAAACAACCACAAAAGGGAAUUCUUCCAGGAAAACGCUG